GGAGAGCUCAAGUCUGAAGUCAAGUCAAGUGCCACCCCAGUCUUGCUUCCCCCCAAAACUGCGCGUGCUGUCUCCUUGGAUAACGGAGUGAAGAUAUUCUGAAAAGAGUCUUCUUCGCACUUGUCCCGGACUCCCGCUCUAUUCUUUGAAUCCCUAUCUCAAGUCGCAUCCGUGCGCAAAACAAUAGCCCAACAUGGCCAACAAGCAGGGCAAGAUGCAAAACCUCAUCAACUACCGGAUGAGAGUUACCUUGAACGAUGGCCGACAGAUGACAGGACAGAUGCUUGCUUUCGACAAGCACAUGAACCUCGUCCUCGCCGACACAGAAGAAUUCCGUCGCGUCAAGCGGAAAUCCAAGCCCACCGCCGGAUCGACGACUGCUGGCCUUGUCGAAGCCGAAGAGAAGCGAACCCUUGGUCUGACCAUCGUUCGUGGUACUCACGUCGUCUCUUGCUCCGUUGAUGGACCCCCGCCCGCCGACCCCUCCGCACGUUUGGGUACGACUGUCCCCGGUGCUGCUGCCGCGGCAGCCACCCUCGCUGCUGGCCCUGGCAUUAGCAAACCCGCUGGACGUGGUCUGCCCGUCGGGCUUGGGGGCCCUGCUGCUGGUGUCGGUGGACCGCCCCCUCCCCCUGGUGGUUUCCCCGGCUUCCCUCCGGGUGGCUUCCCUGGCGCGCCGCCUCCGGGCUUCGCUGGUCGCGGCGGACCUGCUGGAGGACCUCCUGGCUUCGCUCCUCCUCCUGGCUUUGCGCCUCAAGGUGCUCCUCCUGGCGCUUUCCAGCCUCCUCCGGGCUUCCAGCCUCCGGGUCAGGGCCGGGGUUACCCCCCUCCCGGGUUCGGCGGACGGUGAUUUGAUAGUAGGUAGCGUGGCAUGAUGGCUUACGAUCUGGCUAUGACGGAAGCAUGGCAGAUAUCGAGUUGAAAUUCGAGCAUGAGGCUUAAAUCCCGUUCUUCGUUGGUGGCGUAUGGGAGCCUCAACCAAUUAAGCACAGCAUCCCAAUUUUCAUCAGGCAAAGGCGUUUCGGCGUGUGCGGAUGCCCCUCAGAUAAGAAAAAGUCGACCGAAAACACCCAGGCUAGGAUCGGCGGAAGUAAUGUUAGAGAUUCUUCCAGCAAGCACUGUACUAUUCAAACAUAAUGAG